GGAAGUACUGGAAGAAGAACUCUAUAUUAAGAGAGAUGAAUGCCACAUUAAAAAUACACCUGCAGUUUUGUAUAGAAACUCUCUUGGGAACCAGCAUUGCUGGGAGAAAUAAAGGAAUUGAAAACAUGACCCUGAGGAUUGUUGAACACCCAGCAGUGGCCCUGGAAGGGAUUUGGAGCAUUAAAAGGAAUUUCCCCGUGGGAGGCUUGAAGCCAGGACUGCCCAGCAGAAACACGUUACUGCCACAAGCCAAGUACUAUUCCAGGCACGGAGGGCUGAGAAGAUAAGAAGAAUACAUUUUUCCAUUGAGAAGAAACCUCUUUCUCCUAAUGUCUGAAAGACAGAGAAGAAACCCCAAACUUGUUUCACAGUUUAAGAUGUGUAAAAAAGUGUCUAUAAAUUUUAUUAUUGGUAUUAAUUCCUAUCUGUAAAUUAAGCCAAAGUUCUCACAGACUAUUGGUAAAGCUUACUAAGCACCUGAAAACAAUGAAAAAAUAAACUUAUUUUUAGUUGUCACAGUUGGGAUACAUUGGACUUCUAAUUCAGAUUAUUUUAUUAAAUAUGUAAAGCAUGAUAAAACAAAGGCAUAUUUAUUGUCUUUACUUCAAGUAAACAUAAACCU